AUGCCUUCCAUCCUCCUCACCCUCGCUUCCUUGGCUGCAACAAUUACUGCGCAAGCUCUAUCUUCAUCAGAAACCUUCGUCCUCUACCCCUACAUCACCUCCGGCGAGCUCACCGGCCCAUACCCCAACUCCGCCAUCGACCGCGACCAACCUCUUACCGGAUCCAGUGGUCGCGCCGGCGGAACUUUCACAACCGACUGCUUCAACAGAUUCACUUUCACCGCCUACGUCGGAACCCACUGCACCGGAGACCAAUGCGGCUACAACCGCUGGGAACUCAACGCUUCCUACCCUUCCGCUGGCGAGGAUGGCUACACGCUGGCUAGCUACUUAGGCGGCGGACCACUGGACUCCUUCCUCAUUGCCCCCAAGUCGGAGGUCGACGCCGAGGGUCGCCGCGAUGUAGGCUGGACGGGCCAUGUCGAUGAGUGUGGUGUCGGUUUCCCGACGAGCGGACUCAAGCUGGAGGAAGGCAGUGAGGGGAUUGUGCACCUGACAUAUGAGAAUCAGGAAGAUGGUACGGAUGUGUUUGGGACGUUUUUUACGUGCUGGGUUGAGGGCAAUGUUUAUGGGCCGAAGCUGUUCUAUAGGAAUAGCGAGGGGACGACGCCGGAGGGGUGUGCGGAGUUGCUUUUGGUGCCGAGGUGUACUGAUGAUGAGAGGCUUGCUGAUGCUAAUGUCGUGAGUCAGUGCUACCAGGGUGGCUUGCCAGCUUGA